AUGGCUGAGGCGCAUAUCGCGAUUGCGCGUACAUUCAACGUCAACGUCGUUCACGUUCACAACUCCCAAACUGUUCCCAUCAGCACACCCAAAUCGCCUCAGCAUACUCGAGACUCUUCCGGUGCUGGUGCUACAGAAUCUGGAGUGGCGUCGCAGGCGACAUUGUCGUUGAAUUACACCCCUGGACCUUGGACUGAUACUUUGUUGUUGGUGGGACCUACCCCACGGGAUCUCUUGGAGAUUUACUAUGCAAAGUUCUCAAGUCAAACCAUCGACAUCGGAAACACGACAUCAAUCAUUGAUUCCACAAGAACCUCUGGUUCCGUUGCAAAGGGAUCCGAGUCGAUUGUGGACCGUCUUGUCGUGGAUAGCCUGGCCAGUGGAACGGUAGACCCAGCCGUUCUCAUUCGCACGUCACCCCACUUGCGAGAGAAGCGUUCACAGGGUGUGAUGCGAAGCCAGGCGGCGUCAGACAGACAUCACCCGUACAACGUGGUGAAUAGGCCAUUGAUGAGCCGUGGUCGGUUGCGCGCGCGGAAACGUUUCGAACACAAGUCCAUUCUCCCACGAUAUGCCGUGUCACAUGUUCAAUCUCCGACAUUUCGCAAAGCACCCGCUCUGGCAAUAUCGCCCACACAAGCUUAUCGUCGUGCACAUAGAAUGUUCAAGAAACAGUAUUCCCCACCUAUUCUCCCUUUUUAUUGGCCUAGACUCGCGUACUGCACUGUUGAGUCAGCUAUCGGCAUCUUGGCACCGUUUCCCACGACUUUGAUCGGACACUGA